AUGGACUAUGAAAGUUUAGAUCCCAACUCUAGGAUUUUACAACCACCUACUAACCCAAGCUUCCGGUCACAUACCAAUCCUUGUCACUAUGCAUCACCAAGUCCAGUCAAUUCACGAAGAGGGUCCAUGAUAGAUUCACCACAUCGACCUUCUACUCAUACUUCACCACCUUCUUCACCUUCACAUACCCUGAGACCUUCACCGUUGGAACACCGCCCUGACCUGAUAUCUAGUCCACCUUUACAUUCACCUUGGCGAAGAGACUCUUUACCCUCCAUUAGUCAAUUGACAAGUGAACUUGAGCAUCAAUUUACUUAUCCAAAUCAUACCAUUGCUCGAACUCGACAUACUUCUUCACCAGCCAGUUUAAGACUCAGCUCUCAGGCGCCUUAUUCAAGAUCACCGGAACUACGUGUCAGUCAUAAAUUGGCCGAACGAAAACGGCGUAAAGAAAUGAAGGAUUUAUUUGAUGAUUUACGGGAAUUACUUCCGGUUGACAAGGGGUUAAAAACAAGUAAAUGGGAAAUCCUUAGUAAAGCUGUUGGAUAUAUCAGUCAUUUACAUGAAAGGGAAGAAAGCUUUGCAAAGGAAGCAGAAGAAUUACGACGGGAAUUGAUGAUCUUGAAACAACAGUGA